AUCUCUCGCUCGUGAAUUCCAAAGUUGUUAUUUUUUUGGAGGAUUGAAGGAGGAUUUGUGCGGAUUUUGAUGGGAUUUUUGAGUCCCAUUUUUGGGUUCUUUGGAUUCAGUGCCGGUGUUUCCAUCGGUGUUUUUCUUGGGUAUUAUCUCUUCAUCUUCUUCCAGCCCACUGAUGUCAAGGAUCCCUUGAUUCGGCCACUGGUGGAACAUGAUUCUAUGGCGAUAGAGCGGAUGCUGCCUGAGAUUCCCCUUUGGGUGAAAAACCCAGACUAUGAUCGAGUUGAUUGGCUGAAUAGGUUCUUACAAUUGUUGUGGCCUUAUCUAGAUAAGGCAAUAUGCAGAACAGCAAAGGAAAUUGCAAAGCCUAUUAUUGAUGAGAAUGCUGCAAAGUAUAAAAUUGACUCUGUUGAAUUUAGCACUUUUACAUUAGGCUCCUUACCACCCAUUUUUCAAGGAAUGAAAGUUUACAUUACUGAUGAGAAGGAAUUGAUAAUGGAACCUUCAUUCAAGUGGGCUGGAAAUCCAAAUGUCACUGUUAAGCUGAAAGCAUUUGGACUAAGAGCAACUGCACAGGUGGUAGAUUUGCAAAUCUUUGCUGCACCACGUAUUACUUUAAAGCCACUGGUUCCUAGUUUUCCUUGUUUCGCAAAUAUUUUUGUUUCUCUCAUGGAAAAGCCAUAUGUGGACUUUGGGCUUAAACUAUUUGGAGCAGAUAUUAUGUCUAUACCUGGUCUUUACAGGUUUGUUCAGGAGACCAUCAAGAUUCAGGUAGCAAAUAUGUAUCUAUGGCCAAGACAACUUGAAGUUCCACUUUUGGAUAUUUCAAAGGCCCUGAAGAAGUCAGUUGGUAUUCUGAAUGUAAAGGUUAUCAGGGCUCAUAAGUUAAACAAGAAAGACCUUAUGGGUAAAUCAGACCCUUAUGUGAAACUAAGGCUCACGGAAGACAAGCUGUCAUCGAAGAAGACGACUGUGAAGAAGAGUAACCUUAAUCCUGAAUGGAAUGAGGAAUUCAAAUUGGUUGUUAAAGAUCCUGAAUCCCAGGCUUUGGAACUUCUUGUUUAUGAUUGGGAAAAGGUUGGGAAACAUGAAAAAAUGGGCUUAAAUGUUAUUCCUUUGAGAGAUCUUACUCCUGACAAACCAAGAAUGUUGACACUAAAUCUGCUUAAAAAUAUGGAUUCUAAUGAUCCUCAAAACGAGAAGUCACGAGGACAGCUUGUUGUCGAAGUAACAUAUAACCCUUUUAAAGAGAGUGAGAUAGCCGAUGAUAUGACUGAAGAUGCAAAUGAUGUUGAAAAGGCUCCUAAUGGUACUCCAUCAGGUGGUGGUUUGCUCGUGGUUACAGUUCAUGAAGCUCAAGAUCUCGAGGGAAAGCAUCACACAAAUCCUUACGUUAAAAUCCUUUUCAAAGGAGACCAGAAGAAAACCAAGCAUAUAAAGAAAAACAGGGAUCCUCGCUGGGGAGAAGAAUUUCAGUUCAUGUGUGAAGAACCACCUGUUAAAGAUAAAAUACGUGCAGAGGUUUUUAGUCGGCCAUCGACAAUUGGCAUACACUCCAAGGAAAACCUUGGUUAUGUUGUUAUUAACCUUGCCGAUGUUGUUACUAACAAGCGAAUAAAUGAAAAUUUUCAUCUCAUUGACUCGAAGAAUGGCCGGAUUCAGAUUGAACUACAAUGGAGAACUUCAUAGAAUGAAUUUUUACAUGUGUAAAUUCAUUUCUUUGUUUCUGCAUUUUCAGGCUUGUUUUCUGAAAUACAUUCCUUUGGCUUCUUGUAAUGUUUGCGGAUAAUAGAUGAUUUUUAAUACAAAAAAUCAAGUCAUCAAAUUUCAAGGAUUUA